GAUUGUUGUUCAGGCAAUUGAGAAAUAGAGAUGCCGCGAUGAGAUCAAGAGAAAGGAAAAAAGAUGUAUGUCAAGGAUUUGGAGAUAAAGAGUCGCUAUAUGGAAGCGGAGUGUAGGAGAUUGGGGAGGUUGCUUCAGUGUUGUUAUGCCGAGAAUCAGAUGUUGCGUAUUUCCUUGGGCAGUGCGUAUGGUGCGUCCAUGGCCAUUCCGGAGUCUGCUGUGCUCUUGUUGGAAUCCCUGCUGUUGGUUUCCCUGGUUUGGUUAAUGGUCAACAUAUGCCUGCUGCCCCGACUGCCCCUGCAAAAUCAGAACGCAGUUCCACACGGAAGCGUGGAGAGAAAAGAACUGGAAAGCGCAACACCAAAAAGAAAGAGAAUGAAGGUCACUGAACUGUGGGUGACCCUUUCUUUCAUGAGGAGUAAGAGAUGCAGAGCUUCAAGGACCAAGAUGAAGUCUGAUUUUGAACGUGCUGUGUUAUGCAACUGAAAUCCUCUCUCCGCUGCUUCCAGUUUUUAUGGUAUUUGCUGGAGAAAGUUGGUUCUCAGCCUUAACUUUUACAUAGGAUGUAGGGAGAGGUACUCUACUGGAAAGAGUGUUUAGGAAGUGAUCUCCUUCCCCCCUCCCCAACCUCUUUCAGGUUCCCCAAUGUUUCAUAUCAGUAACACCUUUAUACGAGUGUAACAUACUAUCUUUUUGGUUUUGAUUUCUUUCACUUUCUCCCCUUCCUGUAUGUCCUUCUCUGCGCUCUUUUGUGAAAUUUCAGGACGGUUAAUCCUUGUAUUAAGUAUAAGAUUGUCAAAA